AUGGAGUUGUCGAAUGAAACCAGAAUAAAAGAAUUCAUAUUUCUGGGGCUUACACGGACCCAAGACCUGAGCUUGAUUUUAUUCCUUUUUUUGGGUUUUGUGUACCUGACAACUCUGGUGGGAAACCUCCUCAUCGUGGUCACUGUGACCUCUGAGUCUCGCCUUCACACCCCCAUGUACUUUCUGCUCCGCAACCUAGCCAUCCUAGAUAUCUGCUUCUCCUCCAUCACUGCUCCUAAGGGCUUGGUGGAUCUUCUAUCAAGGAAAAAGACCAUAUCCUAUGCGAACUGUAUGACACAGAUGUUUUUCUUCCACUUACUUGGUGGGGCAGACAUUUUUUCUCUCUCUGUGAUGGCAUUUGACCGUUACAUAGCCAUCUCCAAGCCCCUGCACUAUGUGACCAUCAUGAGUCGGGGGCGAUGCACAGCCCUCAUUGCAGCUUCUUGGGUGGGGGGCUUUGUCCACUCCAUUGUGCAGAUUUCUCUCUUGCUCCCACUCCCCUUUUGUGGACCCAAUGUUCUUGACACUUUUUACUGUGAUGUCCCCCAAGUCCUCAAACUCGUCUGCACUGAUACCUUUGUCCUUGAGCUCCUGAUGAUUUCCAACAAUGGUCUGGUCACUACAUUGUGGUUUAUCUUCUUGCUUGUGUCCUACACAGCCAUCCUAAUGAUGCUAAGGUCUCAGGCAGGAGAGGGCAAGAGGAAAGCCAUCUCCACCUGCACCUCCCACAUCACUGUGGUGACCCUGCAUUUUGUACCCUGCAUCUAUGUCUAUGCUCGGCCCUUCACUGCCCUCCCCACAGAUAAGGCCAUCUCUGUCACCUUCACUGUCAUUUCCCCUUUGCUGAACCCCUUGAUCUACACUCUGAGGAACCAUGAGAUGAAGUUAGCCAUGAGGAGACUGAAGAGAAAACUUAUGCUUUCUGAAAGGGAAUAG